AUGAGCGAAGUAACACUCGUUUCUGCCGAAAAUGUAGAGUUUCCUGUUACUAGGGAAACUGCAAUGAUCUCUCCAACACUUAAAGCAAUGCUAUCGGAAUCCUUCGAAGACUCUGAAAAGAAAAGAAUUGAGUUGAAGGAAAUCGAAGCGCCUAUACUGAAAAAGGUUAUUGAAUACCUCCAAUACUGCCAAAAAUACCAAGAUGCCACUGAUACUGAUGAUGUUCCAGAGUUUGAAGUUCCCACAGACAUGUCGCUUGAACUGCUGUUGGUUGCGGACUACUUGAACAUAUAA